CCUCACUCGGCCAGCACAAGCAGUAACGGGCGGAAGUGACGAAACUCAGACUGGCGGAACUAGAACGCCUCUGUCAUUAUGGCCCCCCCCCAGCGGACUUCCGCUUAGACGGUGUAAGGCGGAAGUAGGUCCUGGCUGCUGAAUAUGGCGGCUGCUGGAGAGAAAGGAGGUUCCCGGCCGGGAUGGAGGAGUCUGGGGGUGUCUGUCAUUCUGCUGGCGGCUCUGUGUCACGGAAGCUCGGUGGAGAGGAAGAUUUACAUCCCAUUGAACAGCACAGCGCCCUGCGUUCGGCUCCUCAACGCCACCCACCAGAUAGGCUGCCAGUCCUCUAGGAAUGGUGACACAGGUGUGAUACAUGUUGUGGAGAAGGAAGAAGACUUAUCGUGGGUCCUGGAGACCGGGCCGACCCCUCCAUACGUGGUGCUGCUGGAGGGCAACUUGUUUACCAAGGCCACUCUGCUGAAAUUUAAGGAGAGUUCUAGAAUAUCAGGAAUAGCGGUUAUGUACUCCAAACCAUCCCCACCGGAAGGCUUUUCAUUGGACCAUUCAUGUCCUAAUGAUGGCUUUGGACUUUACACUGAUGACCAUGGCUCUCAGUACUCGCACUGUAAUGGUUCGUUGUGGAAUCCUCUGGGUAGCGGGAUGUCAUAUGAAGAUUUCCAGUUCCCAAUUUUCCUCCUAGAAGACGAUAAUGAGACGGAGGUCAUCAAACAGUGUUACAGAGAGCACAACAUUCCUGUAAACGACACUGCGCCAAAGUACCCACUUUGCGCCAUGCAGCUGAUAUCUCCCAUGCACGCCGUCACCAGCACAGUCACCUGCAUGAGGCGCAAUUCCAUCCAGAUGUCCUUCAGCAUUAACCCUGAAGCUGUGUGCGAUUCUCUCGCUGGUUACAACGUCUGGAGCACCGUGAAACCCGUCAACAACUCGGACACUUUGCCGCCGGAGGAUCAGGUUGUCGUUUCGGCCGCCAGGUUGGACGGACGAUCCUUCUUCUGGAACCUGGCGCCUGCGGCCGAGAGCACCGUGUCCAGUCUGGUGACCCAGUUGGCCGCGGCAGAGGCCAUUCACAAGAUGCCCGAUUCCCAGUCCUUACCCAGGAAUAUCAUGUUCGCCUUCUUCCAAGGGGAAGUGUUCGACUACAUCGGCAGCUCCCGAAUGGUUUACGACAUGGAGAAGGGGCGAUUUCCCAUCCGGCUGAACAACAUUCACUCCUUUGUCGAGCUCAGUCAGGUGGCGCUAAGGAACAGCUCAGCUCUGUGGAUCCACACCGACCCAAUCUCUCGGAAUAAUGACACUGUGAACACAGAGGUGAAGCAGCUGAUCGACGUAUUGAAAACUUCUAGCAAAGGCACGAAUGUCACCCUGCAGGAUAUCGAUCAGUCCCAGGCCCUCCCUCCGGCCUCCUUCCAACGAUUUCUGAGGGUCCGAAAUAUCCCUGGUGUGGUGCUGACCGACCACAGAGGGGAGUACCGCAACAAGUAUUAUAACAGUAUGUAUGACACCUCCACCAACAUCAACAUGGACUACCCCAGCGGACUAUCUAAGGAGGAGGCGCUGAACUAUGUCACAGGAGCCGCCCAGUCUCUCUCAGAAGUGGCCACUUUGCUUGCGAAAACCCUGUACCGGCAGGCGGGCGGCAGUGACGGCGCCGAGAUCAAAGCAGAUGUCAAUUCGGUCACGCGGAUGUUAUACGGCUUCCUGGUGAUGUCCAACAAUAGCUGGUUCCAGUCCAUCAUCCGGUCCGACUGGAAAGGAAACCUGGUAAACAAGCCGCCUCAGUAUUACGUGACAGCCACCUCGCUGGGAAGCAAGCCGUCCCCCAACCCACCCACAAGCUUCCUAAUCUCCGUCCUCGCCAACCUCACCGGGCAAGUGGUGAAUUACACCAAGGAGCAGUGCCAGAGCCCAGACAAGGACGCCAAGAGGGAGUUGUAUGAAUACUUAUGGGUGCAGGGUCCGCUGGAUGAUAAUUCCACCACCCGGGUCCCGUUCUGUGUGCGCAGCACCCUCCGCAGCCACCUGGCCGAAUCCCCUGCUUUUGAGUUGAAUGAAUGGGAUUCCACGGAAUAUUCCACAUGGACUGAAAGCCGCUGGAAGGAAAUCCGGGCCCGCAUAUUCCUGGUGCCCAGUCACGAGCUAGAGGUGAUAACGCUGGUCGUGGGCAUAGUCGUCCUCCUCGCGUCUUUCACGGCGACCUAUUUCAUCAACGCCAAGGCAGACAUACUGUUCACGAGCGCACAGGAUAGCGGGUCAGUGGCUUACUAGAGACUCUCUACUGCCCCCUGCUGGAUGGAGGACUGUGAUACCUGCUGCUUGCACUGGUCGGGUGGGAACGCCCGUGCUGCUUUUAAACUAUAUGGAUCCACACUGGAAGGGACUUUAUUAUUUUUUUUUUUCUAUAUUUUUAUUUUUAUUUUUCCUCCUUCAAUGAAAGCAGCGUCCGUGACAGGGAUCAAUAAAAACGAAAAUCUUCAUCUUUACGGUAGGAAAAAGCGCAACGCGAAGACACAGAGAUACCAAGAUGGAGGCAUCCCGAUCCAGGACCAAAAGUGUCCUCGGUCUCUUACAGAAGGUUAUUGGGGUCAUCUGGGCUCUGGUUAGGCCAGUGUUUCCCAACUAGAGUGCCUCCAGC